GUUCUCCAACUCAGUAUCCCAGAAAAGGAGCCAUCAAUGAAGAUCGGGACCAUGUCGCAAAGCACCAGAGCCUUCUGCUUGUUCUGGAUCCUGGCUUUCUCUUCCGCUUGCUACAUCCAGAACUGCCCCAUCGGAGGGAAGCGCUCCAUCCUCGAUAUGGACGUCCGAAAGUGCCUCUCUUGUGGUCCUAGAAACCGGGGCCACUGCUUUGGGCCCAACAUCUGCUGUGGGGAAGAACUGGGGUGCUACUUCGGCACGGCCGAAACACUGCGUUGCCAAGAAGAGAACUUCCUCCCGACGCCGUGCGAGUCUGGAAGGAAGCCCUGCGGCAACGGCGGAGGGACCUGCGCAUCCUCUGGCAUCUGCUGCAACAAUGAGGGCUGUAUGAUAGAUUCUGGGUGCGAUCAAGAAUGAGACGAUUUGAGGCAUGAGACCACAUGCAAAAAAAAAAACCCUUUUAGAUUAC